AUGCAGCAGCAGCAGCAGCAAAGACCUCAAGACAUAAUUUACACGAAGCAGCCUUAUAUCGAGGAUGUCGGUCCACGCAGAAUGAUGAGAAGUCCCCGGACCGAGCCUCUGAAGAAGAAUGAGCUUAUGAAGGAGAUUGUAAAGAAAUGCAGUAGCAUGGCAAGCAGUAAAGCAGUGAAGUGUGUGAGAUGCGGAUAUAUGAAUGGUAUGGUAAAGAAGAAUCCGUCUUUCGUGAGCAUCAUUCAUGAUCGCUCAAAAUUGAGUGAUGGAUAUUUGGAAGAAUGUAAAUCUGCAAUUGAACACACAAGAGAGGCUAGGGCGCCUAUUGGUAUGGCUACUUAUGUUCUCAACCCUGCCAGAGUGCUAUCUCUUUUUAAAAGGAUUGUGGAAGAGGAUUGUGAAUUGCUUUACUUACAAGAUAGACCUGAGAAACUCAUUAUAACAACUAUUGCCGUGCCACCUAUAUCUAUCCGACCUUCUGUUUUUACGGAAGGAUCUCAGAGCAAUGAAAAUGACAUUACGGAGAGGUUGAAGCAAAUUAUUCAAUACAAUGCCAAACUUCGUCUUGAGUUACUGGAAGGAAGAAGGAUUGGGACCAAAUAUCUGAUUGGUUGGGAUGAACUUCAAGCCAUGGUUGCGCUCUAUAUAAAUAGUGAUGUUCGUGUUCCAUUGGAUAUGCAAGUUGGAAGGCCAUUGAGUGGUUUUGUUCAGCGCCUUACAGGAAAGCAAGGUCGAUUUCGGCAGAACUUAGCAGGGAAGCGAGUUGAGUUUACUGGAAGGACUGUUAUAUCACCAGACCCUAAUCUUAAGAUUACUGAGGUAGCAAUUCCCAUCCAUAUGGCUCGUAUCUUAACUUAUCCUGAACGUGUUACUCAUCACAAUAUGGAGAAGUUGAGGCAAUGUGUCAAUAACGGAUCUUACAAAUACCCGGGUGCAAGGAUGGUCACAUAUCCAGAUGGCUCAUUAAAGAUGUUGACAGGUAAUUACAGAAAGCGCAUUGCUGAGGAACUUAAAUCUGGUUGCAUAGUUCACCGUCACUUGGAAGAUGGGGAUGUGGUUCUCUUCAACAGACAACCAAGCUUGCAUCGGAUGUCUAUUAUGUGCCAUAGGGCAAGAAUUAUGCCUUGGCGAACUUUGAGAUUUAAUGAAUCUGUUUGCAACCCUUAUAAUGCCGAUUUUGAUGGUGAUGAAAUGAACUUGCAUGUCCCACAAACAGAAGAGGCUCGGACGGAGGCUUUUAUGUUGAUGGGGGUGCAAAACAAUUUGUGUACACCAAAAAAUGGAGAGAUCUUGGUGGCUUCAACCCAAGAUUUUUUAACAUCUUCCUUUCUCAUAACAAGGAAGGACACUUUUUAUGACCGUGCAGCUUUCUCUCAUAUGUGUUCUUACAUCAAUGACGGCAUGGAUCAUGUUGAUUUGCCAACACCUUCAGUACUUAAGUUGCGGUAUUACGGCACUUCAGUCUAUAUUCUUGUUUCUACCUUUGAGAUUAAUGAAGUUAUUGUUAUGCAGCCAAUAGAGCUUUGGACUGGCAAACAAUUAUUCAGUGUUCUAUUGCGUCCACAUGCAAAUGUGAGAGUCUAUGUAAAUCUUAAUGUGAAGGAGAAAAGCUAUUCCAAACCCAACAAAGAACAUAAAAGAGAGCGAGAAACAAUGUGUCCUAAUGAUGGUUAUGUUUACUUCCGUAAUAGCGAGUUAAUUUCCGGACAACUUGGGAAGGCUACUCUUGGUGAGAUUUCUUUUUGGUGCAUUUUAGAUGCUAGGAAAAGGUUAAUGCUUUGUAUUGAUAGUCCUAUGCAGUUUCUUACUAUGUUGCCAUGCAGUUAUGCUUCUCUCGUACCUGAGUUUCAUAUUGAUGGCUAUUCAUCUAUUCUUCAUUCAUUGAAGUUCACAUCAGCUAUUCAUUCACUUAUUCGGCCAUUAGCUUUGAUACUUGUUGGAGAGAUUAACAUUAGGGAGUUUCUUAGAUUUGACAAUGUGACAACUAUAAGUGUCCCUUUAUUCCCUUUGAUCAUCGCCUAUGAUGCAGUCCGUAACGGCAACAAGGAUGGACUAUAUUCUAUUCUUCUUAGAGACUACAAUGCAUAUGCUGCUGCUACAUGCAUGAAUCGACUAGCUAAAUUGAGUGCUCGCUGGAUAGGAAAUCAUGGCUUCUCAAUUGGGAUUGACGAUGUCCAACCAGGAAAAAGAUUGAUUGAUGAGAAAGGGAAAACAAUUUCAAAUGGUUAUCGACAUUGUAAUAAACUAAUAGCUGAUUACAAUGGAGGAAGGCUUGCGCUUAAACCUGGUUGUGAUGCCACUCAAACACUAGAAGCUGAAAUUACUGAGAGAUUAAAUAAGCUUCGAGAGGAAGCUGGGGAUGUAUGCAUGAAAGAAUUGCAUUGGAGGAACAGUCCAUUGAUCAUGUCACAGUGUGGAUCCAAGGGUUCCCCUAUCAAUAUUAGCCAGAUGAUUGCUUGUGUUGGUCAGCAGUCAGUUGGAGGUUCCCGUGCACCUGAUGGAUUCAUAGAUCGAAGUCUCCCGCAUUUCCCUAGGAAAUCCAAGACUCCUGCCUGUGCUGUCACUGAAUUUGUGGUUGAAUGUAAAAGCCUUCAGUUUUAUUGGCCGGUUAACAUCAUACUCAGGAGACGUGCUCAGGCUAAAGGUUUUGUUGCGAAUUCGUUUUAUAGUGGUUUGUCGGCAACUGAGUUUUUCUUCCAUACCAUGGGUGGGAGAGAAGGACUGGUGGAUACGGCGGUGAAAACAGCUGAGACUGGGUACAUGGCCCGUAGACUGAGCAAAGGAUUGGAGGACUUGUGUGUUCAAUAUGAUAACACAGUGCAAGAUGCAGGUGGAUGCAUUGUUCAAUUUCUUUAUGGAGAUGAUGGCUUGGAUCCUGCUAAGAUGGAAGGAAAAGCUGGUGCUCCUUUGAAUUUUGAUAGAUUGCUCAUGAAAGUUAAGGCCACCUGUGGUGCUGAAGAAGAUGAGUACCUAUCUCCUUCAGAUAUCUCAAUGUUUGUUCAAAGUUUGCUACUAAAGCAUGAUGGGACUCUUAACGGAAUUUGUUCCGAAUCCUUCAGAAAAAGUCUCAGUUCUUUUCUAGAGGAUCAAGCUAAUAGACUGGAAUCUACGAUGAAAUUGAUUGAUGGUGUUGAGGUAGAGAAUUUUGAGAAUACAAAAAAUGUUGAAGGGCUCACAGGAAUUUCUAAGAAUACAGAAAAAACUGCCCAGAAGGUCUCUGGUAUUACCAAAAAGCAGAUGGAGGUUUUUCUGAAAACCUGCCUUGACCGUCAUCUCUGGAAAAGAAUUGAACCUGGAACUGCAAUUGGAGCAAUUGGAGCUCAAAGUAUUGGAGAACCAGGAACUCAAAUGACAUUAAAGACCUUUCACUUUGCUGGAGUUGCGAGCAUGAAUAUAACACAGGGAGUUCCUCGUAUUAAAGAAAUAAUAAAUGGUGCCAAAAGGAUCAGCACACCUGUCAUUACGGUAGAACUCGAGCACAAUAGCAAUGUGAAUGCUGCUCGAAUCAUAAAAGGCCGCAUCCAGAAAACUGUUCUAGGCCAGGUUGCGAAAAGCAUCAAAAUUGUAAUGACUUCAAGAUCAGCAUCAGUAAAGGUUACACUUGACAUGAAAACAAUUCGAGAGGCACAAUUAUCCCUGGAUGCUUACAUUGUAAGAGAAUUGAUUUUAGAAACUCCAAAGGUUAAACGGAAGGUGCAGCGUAUCAAUGUUUUAGAAGAUGGAAAGUUGGAAGUUUUUCCAGUUGGUGACAGAAACAAACUUCAUUUUGAACUCCAUGCUCUUAAAAAUAUGCUUCCGACAGUUGUAGUAAAGGGCAUAAAAACAGUUGAACGUGUUGUUAUUGCCCAGAAGAAACUUGAUGAUGCAGGGAAUGAUCGAGGGGCCCCGAAAUACAACAUGUUUGUAGAAGGCACCGGUCUUCAAGCUGUUAUGGGGACUGAAGGUGUUGAUGGUCGCAAAACAAAAAGUAAUCAUGUCAUAGAAGUUCAGCAAACUCUUGGAAUUGAGGCUGCAAGAAAGUGUAUCAUUGAUGAGAUCAAAGGGACCAUGGAAAGUCAUGGAAUGAGCAUAGACAUACGUCAUAUGAUGCUUUUAGCAGAUGUGAUGACUUCCAAGGGUGAUGUCCUUGGAAUCACAAGAUUUGGCGUUCAAAAGAUGGACAAAAGUGUGUUGAUGUUGGCUUCGUUUGAAAAAACAUCCGAUCACCUCUUUAAUGCUUCUGUAAAAGGAAAGGAUGACAAGAUUCAGGGAGUAAGUGAAUGCAUCAUAAUGGGCAUCCCAGUUGCAAUAGGGACCGGUGUACUCAAAAUUCAGCAAAGAACAAAAUUGCCUCCACCACCUCCCACUUCACCGCUAUUCAAAUUCUCAAGAACCAGAUCUGAGUCUACAAUAGAACAAAUUGUAUCCUCACCCAUUGAUGCAUUUUUUUGUGCUGCUUACUCAACUUUAGCCGCUGCAAUGGAACAAGACCCAUAUGACUUGGAUCUGGAGGUGUAUCUGAAUUUGUAUAUGACAAGAACCGAGUGGAUGUUGACAUACGAGCUAUAUCUAGGCAUGUUAGGACAUAUUGAAGAGAAAGUAGCAUUGGUUCUCUUGAUUUCUGUUCUUGUUUGUGGUUCUAUGUCACGCACUUUGGUAAUGAUGGAUCUAAAAUUGGAGCCUGCUGUUCCCAAUUCCCCCACCAUGUUCACUUAG